CGGCCCGGCCCUGCGCGUCGCGCGUCCUCGGCGCCAGUCGCUGACAGCGCGGCGCUGCGGGCUCCUCUCGGAAGGAUUCUCGGCUCUGGAAACAGCAUUUUCAGCCCAGCUGAAGCACCGUGUCUCCCAGAGGCCCCAGUCCAGUGUAGCUCAGCCACAGCAGAUUGUCAGCCGUCAUGGCGCACCUCGGCUACUGGAUGCUGCUUCUCUUUGUGGCCGCAUGGAGUGACGUGGGCCUCUGCAAGAAGCGGCCGAAGCCUGGAGGAGGAUGGAACACAGGGGGGAGCCGGUACCCGGGUCAGGGCAGCCCUGGAGGCAACCGCUACCCGCCCCAGGGCGGCGGCUGGGGGCAACCCCACGGUGGCGGCUGGGGGCAGCCUCACGGCGGCGGCUGGGGGCAGCCCCACGGCGGUGGCUGGGGGCAGCCCCACGGCGGUGGCUGGGGUCAAGGAGGUACCCACAACCAGUGGGGCAAGCCCAGUAAGCCGAAAACCAGCAUGAAGCACGUGGCCGGGGCGGCGGCGGCUGGGGCGGUGGUGGGGGGCCUCGGCGGCUACAUGCUGGGAAGCGCCAUGAGCAGGCCCCUCAUCCACUUCGGCAAUGACUACGAGGACCGCUACUACCGGGAGAACAUGUACCGGUACCCCAACCAGGUGUACUACAGGCCCGUGGACCAGUACAGCAACCAGAACAGCUUCGUGCACGACUGCGUCAACAUCACGGUGAAGCAGCACACGGUGACCACCACCACCAAAGGGGAGAACUUCACCGAGACCGACAUCAAGAUCAUGGAGCGCGUGGUGGAGCAAAUGUGCAUCACACAGUACCAGCAGGAGUACCAGGCCGCCUACCAGAGGGCGGCCGGCGCGCUGCUCUUCUCCUCGCCGCCCGUCAUCCUCCUCAUCUCCUUCCUCAUCUUCCUGAUGGUGGGAUGAGGGAGGCCUCCCGCCUGAGCCAUCUCCGUGCGUCCUCGCUGGGGGAGGGGUGUCCGCCUGCAGCCCUUUUCGCGGCAAUGUCUCAUGCUCGCUUCUCUCUUGGUUCCCCCCCCUCCCACCCCCUAGGCUGACCCCCGGGCACCGACGGGCAGACGUUCACCCGAGGCCCCCUCUGAUCGAUCGAAUCCCUCACAGACCACGCUGCCGCUGCCGGGCCCCCAGAAGCCGAGCACUGGUUCCUUGGCCCUCAGUCGCGGCUGCGUUUUGGCCUAGAGCUGCAGGUUGAGGCUGAAACAGAUCUCAGAGCCGCGCUCCAAGACCUCUGCCUCUGGCUGAACGCCCCGGUGCCUCGGCAGCCCCUCCCCACAGUGAUUUCAUAGCAAUUUCAGGGACGUUUCCCCACCUCUUUUUAGGAAAACCUGACAGCUUUUCUGUCCGAUUUUAAAGGAGGCCGCACGAUACUCAUUCAAAUAAAAGCUAGGAGUCCUUAGCUCCCGGGCCACAGCCCCAGCACUCUGGAGCACCUGCCGUGUCUGCAGAGAGCUUGGCGAUGCUCUGCCUCCAUGGCCCGGGCAGGAAACACCGACGGGGACCUGUCCACUGGAGCAAGCACCCUGUAUCCUACGUGAUGGGCUCCUGGGGCCGAGACCUCCAGCAUCCGGGGACUGAGCCCUUGCAGCCAGCCUCCCCUGAGAUGUUUCAAGUAUCCACGCGUGGCAUUCCUUUCUUUAGUAACAAGCUAUAGGUAAAACUAAGGCAGAAAAAAAAAGUCCCUCUGGACACAGCAGGCAAGCCUGUGUUCGUUUACCCGGAAACCAGUAUGAUUUUAACAUAGGGUGAAAGCAGGAGGUUGGCACAGAGUGGGCAGCGGCAGUUAACAAAAGCCCCAUUGGCACAGAGGACCGUGUAACGAACACGCUGGCUAGCGAGCAGGGGAGGGAAAUGCUUGCGUCUCUUUGUUCCUGUUUGCAGAAUUGUGCAAAUCCAGAAUUAGGUCAGGUCCUCCAUUUCUGUAAUUGGCAUUUGAAUCGGAGACUAGGGAGACAAUCUUUAAAAAAAAAAAAAAAUCUAAGGUUGGAGAUGACAGAUGAUCCAUUCCAAGUGGAAAAAGAAAUUCUGUUAGUGAGGCGAUCUUAUUCCCUGAACUGUGCGAUAUUGUCACCUAGCAGAUGUACAUUUCCGUUCUGCAAUGUUAGUGGCUUGCACUGUGCAGGUUGUCUGUGUAAAAAAAAUAUAAAUAUAUUGCAUAGGACAGACUUAGAAGUUCUGUUGGGAGUAGCUAGCAUCCUACUCUAACACAGCAGCCCUUCUGUGAGGUACUAAACACUCACGUGCGAGAAAGCCUUCGCGUGGGCCCUCAGCUUACAACGUGCACUGAAUAGUUUUGUCUAAGAACCCAAAGUGGGCGCCACGAACUGGCCUUCGAAAUGUGCAUGUACUUUAUAUUUUCUAUAUUUGUGACUUCGCAUGUACUUGUUUUGUCGUAUGAAAAAUUUAUAAGUGUUUACUAGCUGAUGGAAAUUAAACAGGAACCAAGACGA